UGGGUCCCAGCACAUGAGCUUUGCAGGAACUGGGAGGUUUGCGCUCUUCCAGGGCAGCCCGAGGGACCAGGGGGUGUGGGAUGCGGAGCAUAGCCUUGCUGGGGGUCACCACCCUGGCUCUGGGGCUGGCCUUGGCUGCCCCGCCUAAAGAAGAAGGCGAGAAGAAGGAAAAGAAGCCCAGAGCUGACAUUGCAACCGAUGACAACCUGGACCUGCCCAACUACGACCUCAGCCUAGACAGCUAUGGAGAGAUCAUUGACCCGAGCUUCUAUGAAGAGCUUUAUGACUAUAGUGACCUGGGACCAAAGAUUGAGGUUGGUACAUUGGCUCCUCCAACCAAGCGUCUAGAGGGCAUCGGGAGCAUGAGAGUGAUGCCGACCGAAGCACCCAGAAGCUCACCCCCAACAUCCCCCACGACCAAGCCCUUCGAGCCAGGUCUGCUUGAGCCCAUAACCAAACAGGGUCUGCCCACCUGCCUGGUCUGCGUGUGCCUUAGCACCUCCGUGUACUGCGAUGAUGCUGAGCUGGAACAGAUCCCGCCACUGCCCCUGGAGACCACAUACCUCUACGCCCGCUUCAACCGCAUCAGCCACAUCCGAGCCAGUGACUUUACCAGGCUGAAGAAGCUGAAGCGAAUAGACCUGACUAGCAACUUCAUCUCCUGGGUGGACGAGGACUCCUUCCGGCUGCUGAGCACCUUGCAAGAGCUCAUCCUCGCUGAGAACAGGCUGACGGCGCUGCCCGCAUUGCCCAACAGCAUCGUGCGGCUCGAUGCCAGGCUCAACAGGAUCCAGAGCUCCGAUGUCAGACCUGAAGCCUUCAGGGAGCUGAAGAAGCUGCAGUUCCUUCACCUGUCUGACAACAACCUGGACUAUAUCCCAGUGCCCCUACCUGAGGGCCUGCGGUCCCUGCACCUGCAGAACAACAACAUCCGAACCAUGCACAAAGACACAUUCUGCGACAGCCAGGACCACGGUCACAUCCGAUGGGCCUUGGAGGACAUCCGCCUCGACCGCAACCCCAUCAACUUGAGCCUCUUCUCUGACGCCUACUUCUGUUUGCCUCGGCUACCCACUGGCCACUUCUACUGAGCCUGCCAGACAGCCACCUAGGGAGCACCUGUGAUGGGGAACUGCUCUCAGGAGAGGGCCUGUCCUGGACCCGCAAGUUAAGAGCUCCAUGCCUGGCUGUCCUGUUGCACCAUCUGGUAUUUGCCCUUCUCCCUUGCUCAUCUUAGCACCACCAACCUUGUCUAGACUAGGGUUUAAGAUGCGAUGUGAGCACAUACGAACUAACAUGGGUUUAGCAGUCUAGUUAGGCUAAGGAUACCAUGGCAUGUGUUUAAAAUGGCCAGGGGGCGCUGGAUGUGGGGAUCUUCUUGAGUUCUCAGUCCAUGUGUGCCAGCGUGAAGGAUGCCCCAGGCCGAGAGCAGCACUAAUAAAAUUUAAAAGGUUAAAAACUUGUUCUGUGGAUUGU